GCUGGCCACCAGCGAUGGCGCUCGGGGCUGGCGGCGGACCACUGGGGCGCGACCGUCUCAGGUUGGCAGGGCUCUGAAUUUCCAUUAUUGAUGUGAGACUCGACAGCUCAGUCCCUCACUUUCCUGCACUCCCGCAGACUAUUCCAGGCCGUAGACUACUCCAGGGGAAGGAGAUGCAGAUAUUCCGGGCCCUGUGGCUUGCUUCUUGGGACGCUUGGCCGUGUGAGCCGGACACACCACUCAGGCACCAUGGAUGCUGGGUCUCGUUCAAGCGUCAUAUCUCCCCGACACCAUGUGGUGGCCUACCUGUCUCAAAGGGCACCAUUACUCCCCUGAUUGGCCACUCGGUUGGCCUAUCGAUUCGGCACAGAUGCCCAAAGCACGAAUGCACCCCCUAUGAUGGGUAUGGAGCCUCACCGGAGAGGCGCCCAGGGCUGUACUUCGCUACCUAGGCGCUUAGACAGUUCCAAACAUGCGUCAGGUAGAUGGCUAGGGGAGAGGAGGGGCUGUGGGAACAACUCGCGUAGGUACUCAUUGUAAGUUGGGACGAAAUAAUUGCUCCGUGCCAAGCCUGCUUAAUAAUGGUGAACCGUAUUCCGAUUCUAUCGCCAGAUGAGAUUUUUUGAAGCCCUUUCGACCCUGAUUUUGACAAGUUUAUAUGGGCUACUGCACGGCAUACUGCACGAGAGGCCGUCGUGUGCAUGAAGUUCUGGUAGCGGGGAGGUCUCCUGGGGCGCCGUUACAUGAACGCGCAAACUGUAACGGUUGCUAACCUGCAUAGACUACAAGUGGCAUGAUAGGAAACAAAAAAAUCUUUAUGCCGUUUCCAAGUUGAUCUACAUCGAGUAAGC